GACUGAAGAAGAAGGAUAGCAUAGGCCGCUGUAUAAGGGUAGUGGGAUGGACAUCCAUUCUCACCAAUUUCACAUAUCCGCCAAAGUCUUGACGGACUGCAGCUCAUUGCGAAUCCAAGUGCCGAACUGGAUGAAUCAACUCUAGCUGCCCUUUGACAACUACUCAUUUUUGUUUGUUGUUGUUUCAAAAAAAAAACUUCAGUUUACUUCAGUGUGUUCAGUUUUUUUUUGUUUCUCUACUCGAUCGCAAACUCAAGGAUGAGUUCUUCGUAUUUCGGUAACGUUGCGGCGGCUGCUGCGAGCGGAUGGGGCGCUACAACAGCUACGGCUGUGCCACACCAUCAUCAUUUGACCAAUCAAGAUCAUCAUCAAUUUUACAAAUACGGUUAUAGUGAAUCGCCGCAGUAUUACGGUCAUCACAAUCAAUACCAACAUCAUCACCAGUCAGUGGCGAUGGCGUCCAAUCCGACGACGGCGACACCUUCACCGCCAUCGUUCAGGUACGCAGGAUCUUCCGUGCACGGCGCAUAUCAUCCGCAAUCGGUUCCGGCCGCCACGGCACCCGUCAGUUUCCAGUGCAGCACCACGUUGGCUCCGGUUGCGAAACAUGCGAGUCUCGAUGCGUCGAGUUGUACGUCGCCGACUUCGUCUUCAUCCUCACAUUUAUCCGCAUCGCCUUCCUUAUCGUCCGCUUCGCCAGCGUCCGUUCACGAUCACCAGCACUGUGAUGCAACUGUCGGAGCUUUGGCCGGUGGUGGCCUGUACGGAAUGGCCCAGCAUCAAAUCGAUUCCUUCCAUUCUCAACGUCACGGCGGAACACAGAACGUCCAUCAGCAGAAUCAGCUGACCGCAACCAACGGAUCGAUGGGUGGCCCAUCAGUUGUAAAUCCGCUUUUGGAAACUUCAUCGUCCACUUGCGCUAACAACAACAGUAUCAGUCCUUACGUGGAACUCCAUCAUCGAAGUUUCCAAAACAACAACAGCCUGCAGCAACAACAGCAUCACGCGAUGGUCCAAACGCAUGCAAAUUCGUACUGCAUCAAAAAUCCAAACGCGUCAAGUUACUUCCCCGGAAGCUGGAUGCAAGCCUACGCAGAUGUGGUGCCAAAUCCGAAGAGGACCCGCCAGACUUACACGCGCUACCAAACGCUGGAACUGGAAAAAGAAUUCCACUUUAAUCGGUACCUGACGCGACGCCGGCGCGUCGAGAUCGCUCACGCCCUUUGUCUGACGGAGCGACAGAUUAAAAUCUGGUUCCAGAACCGGCGCAUGAAGGCCAAGAAGGAGACCAAACAGCCAUCUCAAUCAUCAUUCCCCAAUUCGGCCAACUCGGAGCUGAACUACAGCAGUAGCGCCGAUUCGUCGCCCAUGGACAAGCACCACCACCAACAUCAUCAUCAGAUGAUCCUGUCGUCCGUCUCGGCCGCCGCCAUCGACGAGGAGGAGCACACCGUCUCCACGUCGACUCAUCACCAUCAUGAAACUAUCAAUACCUGCAGCGGCGGCAGCAGCACUGUAGCCGUCUAAAAAAAAAAAAAGAAGAAAAGAAACGUACUCUAUAUGUACAUAGAACGGAGACUGGCCAAGUCUUUGCAGACGGUCUAGAUAUCCAUCCUCCCAUUUUUUUGUUUCUUUUUUUUUUUUUACCUGAUCACGUCCAGACACUGAGUAAAUGGCCUUCUAAUAUAAAAAGGGCUUCUGCAAUCUGACAUCCAAUCUCGGAGAUGGGCCACCCCAUCUCUCUUUUCGCUUUCCCCAAUAUGUGUGUGUGUGUGUGUUUGCCAAAGGUUUAAAAAAAAAAGGGUUGGCAAAAAUAAGGACUUUGAACAGCGCGCACCCAGUACCAUAGUAUUUAAUUGUCCAUGUUUUUUUGAAAACUCUAGCGGUACUUGUAGUAGUUGUAGUAGUAGUAGUAGUCUGCUGAAAACAUGUGCAUUUUCGUCUUCUUAACGAUUUUCAUCAGUCACACAUACGGGGGGGUUAUCUAUGGCUGACAAAUGGUUCGUAGCUGUUUCUUCCUUUUUUUUAUGGCACAAGUAACAGCGAAUUGCACACACACACACACACUCACAGACAAACAAAAAAUGUCAACCUUUUCUUUUUUUAUUCUUAAUCUUUCUGCCAUAUGUUGUACUGUACAUACUAUUCUAUUAUUAUUCAAAGAAAAAAACAGAGAAAAAGAUUCUCGACACGUUUUGACACGGAGAUUUUGAAUUCACCUCCAUAACCCGCCAAAAUCAAAUAGAAAAAGGGGGUUUUUGAAAAUGUUCUUCCGUCGUCUUCGAGGGGGUUCGGAUAACAACAAACAGGGACUCCAGCAUCAAGCGCACCCCGAGCACCUUUGACAGCCCUUCCUUCCAUGUCCUAAUGUUUUCCUAUUCGGGCUUUUCUUUCUUCCCAAGAAACAUUAAGUUAAUCCCAGGGAUUAUGUGGGCGCAUAUCAACAGAGUGAACAACCCUCUCCCUCGUCCCGUCCCUGAGAAAGAAAAAUAUGUAUACCGACCGACUUCCACCGUGAACGCUCCACCAAUAGUGUCCGUCUUUUGUGUAUGUACAGUAUUCAUCUUUGACCUAUUUGCCCAUUUCUUUUAUUUUUUUUGAUCGAAAAUUUUUGUUUUGAUGAUCUUUCUUUGGUCAACAUAUUUUUCGCUCUCGUUUUCUUUUGCUGAGUGCAUGCGUGUACAAUCAAUGUUUGGAAAAUUCAAAGAAAAAAGGCAAAACCGUCAA